AUGGUCCUCUGCGUUCAGGGACCUCGUCCUUUGCGGCCUGAGGAGCGGAUUGGGCAGCAGUCCCUAAGGGCUCGUUCCCUGAAGCUGCCCGAGUCAACUAUGCAGCCCUUGCCUGCUGGGGUCUUCCUGGAGGAGGUAGUAGACGAGACCUCAGCCCAGCCAGAAAGUGACCAGCCCAAGGUGCUGGACCCUGAGGAGGAUCUGCUGUGUAUUGCCAAGACCUUCUCCUAUCUUCGGGAAUCUGGCUGGUAUUGGGGUUCUAUUACAGCCAGUGAGGCUCGGCAACACCUGCAGAAGAUGCCAGAAGGUACCUUCCUAGUACGAGAUAGCACCCACCCCAGCUACCUGUUCACACUGUCUGUCAAGACCACCCGAGGCCCCACCAAUGUGCGCAUUGAGUACACCGACUCCAGCUUCCGCUUGGACUCCAACUGCCUGUCCAGGCCACGCAUCCUGGCCUUCCCAGAUGUGGUCAGCCUUGUACAGCACUAUGUGGCCUCCUGUGCUUCUGACACCCGAAGUGACAGCCCUGACCCCAUCCCUGUACCACCCCUGCCUGCUCCCAAGGAGGAUGCGGCCAGCACCCCAGUGUUGCCCGUCCCCAUGACCACUGCUGUGCACCUAAAGCUGGUACAGCCCUUUGUGCGCAGAAGCAGUGCCCGCAGUCUGCAGCACCUGUGCCGCCUUGUCAUCAACCGACUUGUGGCUGACGUGGACUGCCUGCCACUACCCCGGCGCAUGGCUAACUACCUUCGACAGUACCCCUUCCAGCUCUGA